GAUAGGAGGCUGCCUCUCCUCUCCCUAUCCCCUCGCCGCCGCUCGCUCUUCUCUGCUCUUCCAGACGCCGCCGCCGCCGCCUCCUCCUCCUCCUCCUGCUGUAGCUCCCACCCGACGCCGUCCUCCCAGCGGAUCCCCGUCGCUGGCUUCCUGCGCCCCUACCCCUACCCCUACCAGCCGCCGGCUUCCCCGAAGUGCUCACACGCCCCCCUCCGCUCCCGGACUCGCCGUCCCCGUCGAGUCGAGCAGAGUCAGGUGCAGACUGGUUUCCCGAUGGCCGGCUCCGAGGACGUGAGGGGUUUGGCAGCAUCCCUGGGAGAGCUACACGUGGAGGCAUCACCAUCGCGGGAGGAAGGAACCAAUGGGCAUGGCAAUGGUGAUGCUGCUGCUGCUGCUGCUGCGGAUGAUGAUGUUUGGGGUGAUGCCUCAGAUUCUCCAGGACAUGAUUCCGACUUAAAAAGAGAAUGGGACCACAGGCAGGAGCAGUUUCAUAAGAUGGGCUAUAGGGAUGGUAUAACCGAAGGGCAGAAGGAUGUUGCCCAAGAGGGGUUCAACCUUGGGCAUAGGCAAUCUGCAGAUGUUGGAUUCAAGUGGGGUCUCGUUCGGGGGAUUACUAGUGCAUUAGCUAGUCUUCCCAACAAUCUAAAAGAAAAGCUGCUGCUCGACGCCCAGCGUAGAGGAAAACUUGAAGAUUUGCACAAAUCUGCGCAAGAAAUUUCAGCAGAGGCUGCACUGCGGCUGUUUCACGGGAGUACUCUUCAGGAUAAUCGUCAACCAGAGGAAAGCAAGCUCCAAACUACUACAAAGGACCUUCUACUGUUGUUGCACGAAUGCCCAGAUGUUCAUGUUAGUGAAGAGCUGAAACAAGUUCCGUAAGCAAGUUAGCAAAUGUAAUUGCAAGCGCCACUGGUUUCGAAGUCUGGCCGAGUCGCUUAGACUGAGUUCUUCUGAAGGAUGUAACUGUAAAUCCUGUGAUACGAAGAUUUUCUGUGUGGUGUCACCCUUUCUUUGCUAUGAACGCCUGUAAAUUCGCAGUAUGAAUGGCAAUAGUAAUAUCUCAUGAGUUUUGCAUCA